GACAGCCUCGUGGCAGCCGUGUUUUGGCCCAAAUCUUCGACACCAACAGAAUCAGAAGGUUUGCGCAGUGACCGAGUGAGAUGCUGGCAUACAUUUGCACUUGCUUCUACAACGAAGUCGCUACAGAACUUUUGAUUGAGAGAGGAAAUCACAGCUUUUGCAAGACCCAACCCAGAAGUAAGCCUUGAAGGGAUGUCCAUCGCAAUGUAGGGUAGUGCCCUCUUGAACUUGAUUGCCUCUCCGUGCCCUGCUUGGCCCUUUCUAGAGCUCAAGGUGCAUAAGCCUGCACCUUUGAUCCAGAUAUUUGAGAAAGCCCCUUAUUUACAAGUGGUAGUAGCGAUGUCCUGCACAAGCUUCGAGCCACAAUGUGAUCGGGACUUGAGUGCGUCAUCGAGUGGGGCCGCUUGCCGCAGCGAUCCUCCGGAAGAGGAGGAAGAUCGCUUGUCGACGGCGGCACCCUCCAUUUGUGAGGAGGCAACGACCAGGUGGGCCGACAUGCUUGACAGCCACAAGCGUUGGGCGGACCUCAUUGACUCUGACGAGGAGGAUCUCAAAUGCGUCCCCCCGGUGCAGUCAACGAAGGCCAAAAAGCGCUGGGCUGAUCUGGCAGAUGAGUCAGAUGAGUUGGAUGGGACAGUCUCAACUCAAAGCCCUGAUGAACCCGAGACCGAAGAGCCUGAAACAGGACACUUUGCUUCCACGCCGAGUGCUGGGUAUGACACCGGCGAUGCCUCGAGCUGGAGGCCGAAACGGUCCGGGAAGAGUGCCGGAAAAGGCCACGGUGCCAGCACUUCCUACAGUCAGCAUGCGCAUGGUUCCUGGGGUUCCAUGCAAUGGCGACCGAGAGAGGAACAGGUGAAACCUUCAUACACGGAGGGCCACCGAAGCUCCAACUGGGGAGGAGACUCUUGGGGUGCUUGGAAUGAGCGACCCGAGCGAACCUCCAAGGGCAAAGGCAAGGGCAAGGGCAACAUGGCCUCGGUUCUUUUUUGAAGUGUUUCAAUGUGCUGUGUCAAUGCCAUGGUGGAAAGGUUUCCACAAGGCUGCUUGGUUUGGACACUGAGCCUGACCCUUCCUGGGUUGCAGCAGUUUGCAACCGCUGUUCUUAUCAAUUCUUAUACUUCUUCAUGCUUUGUCUGAACGAACACCUUGUCCAAGAACCAAGGCAAGGGAAAGGCAGCGGGCAAGUCGAGUAACCACUCGGCUUCAAAGUGCCAGUGCCAGUUCAUCAUCGGGAUUGAGGAAGAGUCUCGCUUUCGUGUUUGCCGGCGUCUCCUUGGACCAGCAGGCCAACAUAUGAAGGAUAUUGCUCAGGGCACUGGUGCGAAGCUGCGCUUGCGCGGCCGUGGCUCCAAGUUUCUUGAAGGCCCAGAGCAAAAGGAGUCAGCAGAUCCUUUGAUGCUUUGUGUGAGUGCCCCGGACAAUCCGUCCUACGAGGAAGCUAAGUGCCUUAUUUCUUCCUUGUUGGAGGACAUCUACACACAAUACAAUGACUUCCAGCGAUCUGCAGGAUCCAAACCCGUUGACCUGCGCAUCAACUUGCAUGAGGGCCCUCGCCCGGGAAGUUUCUGAGCCUCCUCGACCCAAUCCGCGGCCGAGUGACUUCUUCCUAAGAUGUGCACGAGAUCUUUGAGCGUCUUUGAAAAGAUACUCCCACCCUCAGACGAAAAAAGAGA